AUGUCUCAAGCUGUCGUCCGCUUUCCGCCUCCUCCGCCUACAUCCAAUAACCUGUCGUCAAAGCAGCGAACACAGCUGAUGCGAUCCAGCAAGAAACUGGGCCAGGUGCUCGGGAGCACACCGCAUGUGCUGGAUUGGGCCAGUUCUUCUGGCAUAGGCGAAUCAAGUCCUCGCCACACGCUGCUCGGGGGCACGAUGCACAUGUCCACCAUAAAUCCCACUACGUCCUCUUCGACCCGGGGCGAGCAAGCAUGGCGGACACCGUACGAUCCGCUGCAUCGCCCGCCGCUCCUGAAGCUUUCGCCGCCCAGCCGAUCCGGCCACAGCGAGAGGAGGCGAUCCACCUACAGUGACUGCGACACGGAGGCCAGCGUCCCCGACUCGCCGACCGCCCCGAGCUUCGCCAUCCCGUCCGAAGCAGCGAUCCGCCGCGCGAAGAUGCAGCGGCUGACGCGCAAACUCGGGGACGGCGUCCCACCGGAGCUCGUCUUCCCCUCCGCCGCGAGACUAGAGCCCGACUCCGAGGCAGAGGACGACAGUCCCCUCCUCGAGACGCCAGCCGCGGACAAGAAGCUCCCCUUCUCGCAGGUGCUGCCCACCAUACCCGAGAGGCGCCCGACCACCGCGAGCUCCCAGAGCCACGACGAGGUGAUCGCGCAGCCCGUGCAGGGGCCGCGCAAGGCGGGAGACCGCCGCUCGUACCGCGAUGCAGUCUAUGUAAUCGACAGCCCGGAUGAGCAUGGGUUGGACGACGGCUGGGGCGUCGUGUGCAUCGGCGACCCGACGAAAUACAAGAAGGCAGAUCGUCACACGGAACCGUCGUCGAAACGCGAGAAGGCGGGGGACGUGGUCUGUCUCGGUGUCGCAGCGAGUGCAGGGCCGUUUGGAGAGGGCCGUAGUGGCCGUUGGGUGAAGGGCGAUGUGGCAUUCGAUCGCAUCGCUGCUCCAGGAUGGCAUGGAGGCGGCUGGUGA